AUCAUUAUAAAACCACUGAUUCUAAGUAAAAAUAACACUCAAGUUAUUAUUAAAAGUAAACUUUAACUCUGAGGUUACAGUGGGUGAACAUAGCAGCAGCUCUGCCUACAUCAUGAACUUUGCCCCGAGCCUCUGGCUCCUCUUGUCUCUCCCUCUGGUCAGCUCCAGCAGGCCCACAGCACUGUAGCUCAGGGGAGCACUCCCGGUUGUCUCUGCCUCUCACCCUCUCUCUCUCUCUCUCUCUUGGCGAGGGCAGGAUUUUAUCACAACAGCAGGCACAAACUCUGACAGUACUAAGAGGAGCUCAAAUACUACACACCCACGGCUCGUGCGCACACACAUGCACUCUCGCCCUCUUCCUUUCUCUCCGAUGAACACAUUUCGUGCAAGCUACCAAACAGCUGACCUUACAACAGAGCUGCACACUGCACACAGAGGAGAGCGGGGUGAAAGGAGAGGAGAGGUGACAGCAGUGUGUGACUAACUCUCCUGGAAAAAGUCUGCAUGACAGGAGCGCUGGAUGGAUGAUAAGAACAAGACAAUAACUGCAACACAAAAAGGGAAACGCUUCCAACAAACAAGACGUUGCAGGAUUGCUGUCGACAAUCGAGUGAUGUGCUCCUUUUGAUGGCACCAAGGAACAUCAUUGACAGCAAGUGAAGGAAUGAAGUUUACUUGGACUGACCCACAAAGACAAGGAACUGGAGACUGUACUCUGUGAAGCUUAUCUUUGCCCAAUUUCUGAUUAAACUGUUUUUUACCUUGUUUCCGCGAUAUUCUGCCGCGUCUGCCAUGCCCCUGUUCAGCUGGAUGAAAUGGUCCCAUGAAACAAGAGUGCAGGAUCAAGAUGACGCAUCCCCUCAGAAGACCUCGGGGGUCGUGCCCAGUCGCAUGUUGAUCAGAGAGCUCCUGUGGCAUAUGGAGGAACGUGAGCAGCUGACGAGGGAGCUUGAGCGUGAGCACAGGAUGGUCCACAGUGCCCUGGGUCUCCGCUGGUAUCAGAAGUACCCCAGGUUACGGACCCUCAUCCCCACAUCAGAGCUACACCAGCUGGAGUUCCUGUGUGCACAGAUCCCACCCAUCCACGCAGCCACCGUGCUCUCCAGGUUUCGUGAGGUGCUUGCCAUUAACAACAUAAGGCCCUGGGAGCUGGCAUCAGUCUUCAAGCAGGUGCUGAGGGAUUUCCUGAGCCAAAGGGAAUACGAUGAAGAGGACGACCUCCCAGUGCAGCCAGCACAGAUCCAACCAAUGGAGGCUUGGACCAGUCGCUACAAAAUGAAGCAGGGUUUUGUCACACCCACUGUCCCCAACUGUGGUGACCACCCAAGGGAGGAGAUCCCAACAAUCUCUGGAUAUGUGGACCGGGCCAUGCGGCAUUCCAGUUCGUUCACAGGGUCUAACAGGGACUGGGACCUUCCAUAUUACUACCCAGUUCCUCUCAGGCCCACAGGAGCGUACAGCACGACGCUGUGAGAGGAGAUACUGCUCAAAACUUCUGGGGCCUUGUGGUUAACACAAGGAAAAACUGUUCAUAGAGACUAUUAUUUGUAUUAGUUUUAGAUAAAUCAUAGCUUGUGACCAAAAAAUGUGAAGACUCAAUGUACUGAACUGUCUCGUUUACAAGAAGUAGUUUGUCACCUGCACUUUUUAAUCCUUACUUAAUGGACUGACCGCUUUUCUGUAGUCCAGAUUACAAACCUCAGUUAGACCUUGUGCAGUCCGGCAUGUAUUUUUUUGUGAUGUGAAGACGUGUGUGACCUGGAUUAAUGUGUCCCAGCCUUUGUGGCUUGUGAGUCUUUGAAGUGGAGAUGCUUGCAACUGCUUGUCACAGGCUGAAAAUGUCAGUGUUUGGAGCAGUUCAACCAAAGAGUGAUGACCCCGUGUUUUAUCUUAACAGUUUCUAUAUCUCCAAGUAUUUAAACAAGAUUAUAUAUACUAAAAAAAAACAUAUAGAAAACUAAUUAACAUAAUUUGUGUAACAGAUUUUUUGUCUAAUCUCCUGACUUGUUAAUCAUCAUGCAAUCUCGAAACGCAGCGGUAGCAGCCAACGUUUCUGUAGCCAGUGGAUAUCCAGAAAAGGGGAUAUCUGAGCAAAGACUUCCUCUGCAGUCAGAUUUUCAACUUGAUACCUGAAAAUAAUGAGAAAGAUACAUUUCUGCUAAUCUCUACACAGAUAUCUGCACAUGAAUCCAGGUAACUUAAAAAAAGAAACAUUAAACUGUCAUUUGAUGAUACCUGAUGGGUUUCGAGAUUGCAUUUAAGUCAAUGUUGUGUUCUUCACGUUGAUUUUUUUACUUGCAUGCAACCAAAGCCUAAUCAAAUCUGAAUAGUCAACACUACACGGACUACAAACGGAAAACACAACACUUCUGUUGCCAUGGCGCCCGUGUGGUUGGCAGCUCUGAACACUUCUGUGUGUUUUUAGUAUUUCUAGUACUUUUUUUUGACACCAAUCUCUAAUCCAUUGUGUGUGCAAACACGGGCUUGGAACUAUGGAGAUUAGUGAUUCGCCUUUUUCUUUUUCUGUUAUACGGACUACUUCAUAAUACAUUAUUAUUGGCACCAUAUGUUAUCACAAGGCAUGCAAGAUCUCACCCCAGUAAGGCUACAGAGGGAGUAUGGAGAGUAUAGCAUCACAGAGACGUGACCGAAUGAACUCUGGAUGGCUUUUAACUUUAGCAGACAGCUGAAGAUAGACAAGAAAACAGGGAGAGAGAGGAGGAACAACAAACAGCACAGGAAACAUCCAUGGACCACGGGCCGGGUCACUGCUGGAAGGACUCAGCCCACUUUACCAGGGCAGGGUAUUUUUCUUACCUUGUAUAUUGUGAGCUGCUGUAACAAGUGAAUUUCCCAGGUGUGGAUCAAU